UCUCAUUCUUAUUUCCCUUUUUCUUUUUUUUUUUUUUUUUUAAAUUUUGAAACAGGGUCUCAUUCUGUCAUCCAGGCUGGAGUGCAGUGGCAUGAUCAUGGCUCACCAUAGCCUCGACCUCCUGGGCUCAGGUGAUCCACCCACCUCAGCUUCCCAAGUAGCUGGGAUUAUAGGUGCGCACUACCGCACCCGGCUAAUUGUUCUAUUUUUUGUAGAGAUGAGAUUUCGCCAUGUUGCCCAGGCUGGUCUUAAACUCCUGGACUCAAGCAGUCUGCCCACCUCGGCCUUCCAAAGUGCUGGGAUUACAGGCGUGAGCCACCCCGCCUGGGCCCCCUUUUCAUUUUGUUAAUUUAUUUUCACAACAAUCAGUUCAUUCUUCAAUUGGUUAACACUAUUUUCUAUCACUGUCUCUUCUUCUCUAUUUUAAUUUUACUGAGAAAACUUGAUCAUCCUUUUAGUCACAUUUUACUAAUUAUAGCUUCUACCAUUGUGAGGCAUUUUUUUUUCUUUUAAUGACCAUUAUUUUUGCCAGGUUCAGUUUUCUUAAUGUUAGCCUGAAUCAGUUUUAUUUUGCAUUGAGUUUAAUGACUGUGUCCAUUUUUUUUGGUAACUGAGUCACAGCAUCCUCAACACAAAAACUUCAACAUCUCAAAGUCCUCUGCUUUGGGCAUCUCUGAAAUAAACAGGCUGUGGGCCUCCCUCCAUCUGCCCUCAGGACCAUCCACGCAGGAGGGAUCAGGGCUUCCUUGGAGAUUUCUAGCCAGCCUUUAAUAUUUUGCUAAGGCACCACUCUUGAAGGCUCCUGGCCAGCGUGAGGGAAGAAGGUACCCAUGAUCUGUGUUGCUGCUGGGCGUAAGGCCUCAGUACAGCAGCGGCUGGGGAGGGCUGAUCGUUCGCAUUGUUUUUAGGGCUCACUAGCAGCCAAGCACUUGACAGGCUUCUUCCCCUGCGACUCCCCAGCCACCCGGUGCGAUGGGAAGAUGCCCAUCCCCCACUUUAUAGGUGAGGUGCCUGAGGCCCAAAGCAGCGAGGUGAAUGGCAGUUCCGCCUGGCCACACCGCACCUUCUCCUCAUUCAGUCCUUACCAAAUGAAGGAAUCAGUGGCAGUUGGGGCAGGCUUUGUGGAGUGACAAAGUAGUUCUGCAAGACUGUGGCCAGGGGCAGUGGCUCAUGCCUGUAAUCCCAGCACUUUGGGAGGCCAAGGCAUGCAGAUCACCUGAGGUCAAAGAGUUUGAGGCCAGCCUGACCAACAUGGUGAAACCCUGUCUCCACUAAAAAUAAAAACAAAUCAGCCAGGUGUUUUGGUGCACACCUGUAAUCUCAGCUACUCGGGAGGCUGAGGCAGGAGAAUCGCUUGAAUCCAGGAGGCGGUGUACAAGCCGUGCGUUCCAGCACCCAGGAUUUCUUGUUUCAUGUCAUUUUAAAGAACUCAUGGGUUCAGGUAUACCGUGGAGUCCUAGGUUUAUUCCCAGCCUUGGCCUCAGUUGUCAAGCCAGCUGUUCCUUCUCACUUGGGGGAUUCAGCCCCUUCCCAUUUUACCCACCAACUCCUAAUCAUCUCCCCUGCUCUACUCAACCAUCUUUUUCUGGAAACUCUUCCUGCAUAACCUAGUUUAGAGCAGUCCCCUUGUGCUAGUCUCUAAAGCUUCCUGUUCUUACACAAUUUUAAUCAAAGUGUACUCUCUCUCUUUUUUUUCUUUCUUCCUGAGAUGGAGUCUCACUCUGUUGCCCAGGCUAGAGUGCAGUGGUGCGAUCUCAGCUCACUGCAACCUCUGCCUCCCAGGUUCAAGCAAUUCUCCUGCCUCAGCUUCCCAAGUAGCUGGGCCUACAGGCAUAUGCCACCAUGCCAGGCUAAUUUUUGUGUUUUUAGUAGACAUGGGGUUUCACCAUGUUGGCCAGGCUAUUCUCGAACUCCUGACCUCAGGUGACCCACCUGCCUUGGCCUCCCAAAGUGCUGGGAUUACUGGUGUGAGCCACCACACCCGGCCCAAAGUAUACUCUUAACCCAGGGUGGGCACACACUGCUAUAAUCAGUGAUGGUGUGAGGUAAUACUGAGUGGUGGGGACUGUGGAGGGCAUAUGGCCACCGAAAGGACAGUUUCACUUGGCUGCAGCACAGAGACUGGUUCUAUGACGGUUUGCACCCAUUGUUUUUGGACCUCCCAUAUUUUCAAAGGAAGCCAGAAUGUGGAGUUUUAAAGUGAAAUGCCCCCCAAUAUUUAAGUACUGACAAUUUUUAAAAGCAACGUAGGCCAAACAAAACACAUAGGUGAGCCGGGCACAGUGGCUCACGCCUGUAAUCCCAACACUUUAGGAGGCCGAGGCAGGUGGAUCACCUGAGGUCGGAAGUUCGAGACCAGCCUGACCAACAUGGAGAAACCCCGUCUCUACUAAAAAUACAAAGUUAGCCAAGCGUGGUGGCGGGUGCCUGUAAUCUCAGCUACUCGGGAGGCUGAGGCAGGAGAAUGGCUUGAACCCGGGAGGCAGAGGUUGCGGUGAGCUGAGAAUCACGCCAUUGCAUUCCCGUCUGGGCAACGAGCAAAACUCCAUCCCCCCCAAAAAAAGUUUUUGUUUGUUUAGUUUGAGCCAUAUAGGUGGCUCCAAAUUUGUAGGUGGCCUGUGGUUUAAUAUCUUUCUCUCCCAUUUAACUCAGCACCACGGGGCACAUGGCAUCUCCCUCUGCUCAUCACAAUGUCUGGAUCAAACAAAUGAAAAACAAAAACAUGGUGGCCUCUCCCGGCAAAGCUCCAGGGUUGGAAAGAGUCCCCUGGCCGGGAAUUGGCACCUCGUCAUGCCCAUCCUCUCUCUCUUACUGCCUGCUGGAAAUGCCCCCAUCUCCCUUUGAGUCCUCCUCCCAGGCGACCCCUGUGACCUGUAACCUCUGUCCUGAAAUCAUCACAAUGGCCAGGGUGGCCUCAGCUCAGGGCCUCUGUGACAUCACCAAGGGCCUGGCACCAGGUGCCCAAUCUCCCAGGUGCCAGGGCAAGCAAACCCAUCAUGAGAACUCCCUUCCCCACCUCUGCUCACCAUGUGGACGCUGAAAUGGUCCCUGGUCCUGCUUCUGUGCCUCACCUGCAGCUGUGCCUCUAUGUUCUCUUCUCUGAGAGAGAAAACUAGCGAACCCCAGGGGAAGGUGCAGUACAGAGAGCACUUUCGGAUUCGGCAGAAUCUACCAGAGCACACCCAAGGCUGGCUGGGGAGCAAAUGGCUCUGGCUUUUGUUUGUUGUUGUGCUGUUUGUGAUACUGAAGUAUCAAAGAGAUAGUGAGAAGAAUAAGGAGCAGAGUCCUCCUGGCCUUCGAGGCAGCCAAUUUCACUCUCCAUUAAAGAAAAAAAGAAAUGCUUCCCCCAACAAAGAAUGUAAGGCAUUAAAUACCUUAAUCGAACUCGAGGUGGAGCUUACGAAAUUUAUGUGCAAAGUGCGGGAUCUUAAAGGUGCCAUGGCAACAGGCAGUGGCAGUAACCUCAGGCUUCGAAAGUCAGAGAUGCCUGCAGAUCCAUGGCAUGUCACGAUCUGUGACAUAUGGGGAGAAGACAGCUCUAGCUGAAUGGAUUUGUGUCAGGAGAGAAAUAAGUUGAGUGUUGACAAACUGCAAACUAAUAAAACUAUUCUGAAGAACAGAA